AUGCCGGACCAGCCACCACGGCAAUUUACGGUAUCGAAAGAUGACUACGAGCAGGUAGAAGAGAUGGAAGAAGGAGAUCACCCACAGGAGAUAGUAGACCUAGGAGGAAAGCGGAGGGUAUUCUCAGCAAGCUUCGGGGAAGAAGUGUCCAUCGUCCUGAUGAACCUCCGAGGAACGCUGGACAUGGAGUAUUAUUACGACAGCCGGGAUUUCCAAAAAGUCAUAUUCAAGGGGUUUGGCCCUUGGCCGCCCGCAAAUGCCAUAACGCAACCAGUCAUUCAAGACACUCAACAUACGAACACGUCUGUUGGCGACAACGGAGCUGCUCUGAAUUCAGAUUCUCAAGGUCCGGCCCCGCCAAAAGUACCCAAAGAGGCACAAAAAACACAAAAGACACGAAGGACACAAAAGACAUUGCCAGAAGCCCGAGGAGCCUCAUCCAAGACACAAGUCGCUCCGCCAGAUGAACAGCAGGACCUGCUAGAUACGGAAGAAUCGCCGACGGACACACCCGUAACUCCGCCAGACAUAAUCGAGUCCGUAUCAGACUCACAAAAGCCUUUGCUAGACAUAGACGCAUUCGACGAGUCUUGGAUCUAUUACUUGAAAAAGAACUUCUCGUAA